AUGAGAUCUCUUCAGUUUGCUUCGCUUUCCAUCUUUUUUGGCUUUUAUAUUUUAGGGAGUUCUGCAGAAUAUAAAUGUUCUAGCCGAGCUCGAUUCUCGGAUGAAGAGGUCGAGACGAGGGCAAAUGCCAUAUACAGCAGAGGUGAAGAACUCAAAGAUUAUCUAACAGAUGGACAAAAUAAAAUGGAGGACAUAGGGUUCUUUGGGAGCGAAGCUUAUCAUGAUUUAAGGUUUGAAGCUGCCUUUAUCCCUGCAUCCGGAGCAAAAUGCCACUAUCAAAUUCGGGUUUCUUAUCCAUCAAGAGAAAUAUAUCUAAUAGAGUAUAAUGGUUACAUGGCUCAACCCUGCCGAAAAAGCUAG